CUUCCUUUCCUGCCCCCGGGUUUUGGCGCGCGCCGACCAAGAGACGGCGCGGCGGCGGUGAUGGACCGGCUCCAGCGCCGGAACCCUAGCAGCCGGCCCCAUUCCACUUCGAUGAAGCCCCCGCGGCACCCGCGAGGCCCAACCAUCCAGCACCCGCCGGCGUCGAGGCCCCUCUCGGAGCCCUCCUCCCCAGAUGGAAGGCAAAGGAAAAGGGUUCGAUUUUCAAAUGAAGGUGAAGGUGGUAGUCACCACAUAGGCGGGAGACAGGUCGCUUACAUAAGAGAAGUUGCGAAAAACAAACCUCGAGUUUGUGACGCGAAAACUGCCGAAUACAAGUUCUUUAAGAAAUUGUGUGAACAGUCAGGCCAUAGCACUCGUUUAUACAAACAUCCUCAUCAAAUACUUGAGCCAAAGAUCUCCAAACAAAAACGAGAAUCACAUAAUGUGACUACACUCAGAAAGUUCUCUGUCCAUGGAAAUACUGUGGUUUAUGAUGACCCCCCUGCUACACCGGCUAAGAAUGAGGAAAUCCCUAGCGAGCAAGUGAAUGUGCAAUCCUCCCAUUCUGAAUGUGACGAUAAGGAUACACCUCAAUUCAACCCACAUGGUUGCUUGCCGAGUAUUCAUGUUCUCACACCUAUAGCUCAAACAUCAUUUGAUGUUACUGGCACUUCAGGAAAUAUUGGUAGAGAGCCUGUAAGUGGACAGAUCUUUUCAGAAAAGAGAAGCAAAUUAUUAAUGAUAGCUGCAAAAACAGUCUCCAUGGGAAGUGCUGAGCUGUUCCAAAGAAGGUCGGAAUUCGUGGGUGACAUCCUACAGAGGUUAGGUGCCAAAAACAUCAUAAGAAAGCAAGAAGGGUCGAUGAGGCACAGUAAAAUUGACCACAGAGAAGCUCCUGCUAUUCCCAAAGGCCAAUUUGAUUACUUGCUAGAUUACAGGCGAAGGGACUUUAAUCCAUCAACUAAGCUGAGAAGAACUGGUAAAAGUUCAUCCUCUGAUGCAAGUGAUGACGCACGUGAGUUCAUGGCUUUACCAUGGGGAUACAAUCAGGGUCUUCCAAGUUUUAUUGAUUGGAAACAUGACGUACCUUGUGGAGAUAGCAAAGCACGUGAGUGCAUGGCAUUGCCAUGGGUGUGUGUUAAUGAUAUUUCGAGUUCUGAUUGGAAGAGAGGCAACCAGGUUUCAAACUUGUUACUAGAGGAUGUCGAACCAUGCGUCCACAGAAGAACAACUUCAGCUAAUGAGUUGAGCUUGAAUGUUCAAACUGCUUCAAAUGAUCAGCAUGGCUGGAACCCAAUGUUGUCGGUGAAACUCACUGAGUCAUUUCGAGAUAGAUUAUCCUUCCCCUAUCAGAUUGAGGAGCAGCAUCACGCGGUACCAUAUGCGGUCUUGAAUACCUCCUGGCAACCUGACUACCAUAGCUCCACAAAACAAUGUGUUUCUAGUUCAGUUAGAAUGGAAAGGGAAGACCCAAAAGAGGCAGGAUCAUUUGACAAUUCUGAUGCCAGAUUUGCAACUACGUUUGAUCAGUUACCUGCAAAAUCAGCUGCUUUAAGCUUUUUGGACAGUGGAAAUGAAAUUCUGGAAAAUAAUGAUUUCAGAUUUAUCUCCAACUCUCAUGUAAGUCAAAGCAAGAAAAUGGUUUUCAGUGCAAACACAGGCUGUCUGAAUUCCAUGUUUUCAAUUUUAGAGCAUCCAUAUGAGCUGGGUGCGAAGAGCCUGCAUGAUUCUGCUAUUGGUGUAUCUUGUUUGGCUGGACUGGAGGAGAAAUACUCGAGAGAGGUAGAAUUGUCUGAUGAUUCUGAUAGGCUUCUUCAGGUGUUAGAUCAGUUACCUGUGAAAUUCACCCCUUCAAGUUUUUCAAACGACGAGUUCAGAAUUCGGGAUGAUCAUCUUCUCAGAUAUAUCACUAGCUGUCCCCAAGAGGACAACAGCAGCAUUUUGUCCCUUGAUGCAAAUGACAGUGGUCUGAAUUCCCUGUCUUCAUAUUCAGCGCAGCCUUGUAAGCCAGAUUGGAAUAGCUUGCAUGAUUCUUCUACAGAGUUGUGGUCAUCGGUGCAUCGACUCCAAUCUCAUGCUGAUUGGGGACCCAUGCUUGGUUUCAUGCCGAAUGGAAAUGCUUACAGUGAUUUGGUGGAAGGUCACCACAGCCUCAUGCUAGUCCAAGACAACCUGAAGAACGAUAUUCUUGGUACAACUGAUCUAUCAUUCUUUGGUUCUUGCUCUGCUUUGGAUAACAUCAGGGAGGCUCCUAUGUUAUCUUCCGAUGGCAUAACAUUGUAGUCUAGGAAAUGCGGUACUCUACUCUGAAUUUUUCAUCCAGGUGUAUUUUUUAUUCUAUUAGUGGAGCUAAAAUCUUGCUGCGUGCAUUUUUAAAUUUUGAAGGUACAUAUGUAGGUAAGUUAUUUGGUUUCAUUUAGUACCGAGAAAAUGGCCACUAAGAUGUGUGAGGUUUGCAACUAUUAAUACACAAUGUAUACAGUUUGCUGUUGAACGAGGCUGAAUGGUGGAAAGAGGGGAACUAAAGGAGCGAUGUUCUAUUUUAAA